AUGGCAGAUGAACUCGACCGAAGACUCGAUGCGGCUGUCAAUGAGGCUUUUGAUGAAUAUUUUGAAGAAAUAUACAACAACAUUGUGGAGAAUCGAACUGCAAAAAAGAAGAAACGUGCAUAUGUCGAAAGAAACCGAGAAGCGGGCCACAACCGUCCAUGGAAUGACUACUUCAGUGAAGAUCCGACAUUUCCGCCUCAUUUAUUCAGACGCCGUUUCCGUAUGAACAAGGAAGUAUUCAUGCGUAUUGUCGACACCCUCUCAGCAAAUGUUUCAUUCUUUCAACAAAGAAGAGAUGCAGUCGGAAGGUUAGGUCUAUCAACACUGCAAAAGUGUACGACAGCUAUUCGUAUGCUUGCUUACGGCUCUGCAGCUGACGCCGUUGACGAAUAUCUCCGACUUGGUGAAAGCACAUCACUUUCAUGUUUAACCAAUUUCACAGAAGGCGUAAUACAGUUAUUUGGAGAUGAGUAUAUACGAAGACCCACUCCAGAGGAUCUUCAACGACUACUCGAUAUUGGAGAGGUACGCGGAUUUCUGGGGAUGAUAGGAAGCAUCGAUUGUACCUUAAACGAUAUUAACGUCCUUGAUCGGUCACCUGUUUUUGAUGACAUUUACCAGGGUCGAGCUCCAAGGGUAACGUACAUGGCCAACGGACACCAGUAUGAUUUGGCUUACUACCUCACGGACGGUUCGAGAUAG